AUGGGAACUCUUCACUUUGCCCAUUUCAUCCUUUUCUUCACAAUACUCGGGUCCUCGUUCGACCCGAGCCUUGGGGAAGGCAAUAAUAACUCCUCCUCCGAUUCCUUUUGGCUCUUAACCAUAAAAUCGAAACUCACCGACCCAUUUGGAGUUCUCAACAACUGGUCUCAAAACAACAGUAUGUGCUCAUGGUAUGGAGUCACUUGCACAGAUGAUAAGCAGCACAUUUUAUCUCUCAAUCUUUCAAAUUCUGGCCUAACUGGAACAAUCUCCCCUGAAAUAUCGAAACUCGCAUCUCUCGAAAGUCUUGAUUUGUCUCAAAAUUACCUCUCCGGACUAAUCCCUCCUGCAAUCGGUAAACUUCGAAAUCUGAAAGCCCUUCUGCUUUUCACAAACUCCUUUUCCGGCACAAUCCCUCCCGAGAUUGGCCUUCUGAAAAACCUGCAAAUACUCAGAUUAGGCGAUAAUAUGCUGACGGGAGAAAUUUCGCCGGCUAUUGGGAGCUUAACCGAGCUAAGAGUAUUGGCCUUAGCUUAUUGCCAGUUUUAUGGUAGUAUUCCAAAAGAGAUUGGAUACUUGAAGAAUCUCCAAUUUAUGGACCUGCAGAAAAAUAAUAUCGUUGGGCCUUUACCGGAAGAGAUUGGCGAAUGUAAAGAGCUCGAGCAAUUCACAGCAGCAAAUAACAUGAUUGGAGGGACAAUCCCAGUUUCGAUGGGCGGGCUCAAAUCACUGCAGAUAUUGAAUUUGGGCAACAACAGUCUUUCUGGGCCAAUCCCAGUCGAGUUGGGCCGUUUGUCGAACUUGAAUUACUUGAACCUGCACGGAAAUGGUUUAAGUGGCAAAGUUCCUUUGGAACUCAACAAUCUUUAUCAGCUGGAGACUUUGGACUUAUCAAGCAACAAACUUUCUGGGCCCAUAAGCCUUUCCAACUCCAAUCUCACGAAUCUCGAAAUUUUGUUUUUAUCGGAUAACUUUUUCGCAGGUGGGCUACCGGAAAAUCUUUGCAUCGAGAAUUCAAACCUGACCCAGCUUUUUCUGGGCGGGAACAAUUUAUCCGGCGAAUUUCCGGUAGAGAUAUUAAAUUGCUUGUCACUCGAGCAAUUAGACCUCUCGGGAAAUAAAAUCGGCGGGACUCUGCCGGCAGACAUCGACAGGCUCGAGAGAUUGACCGAUCUUAUGCUCAAUAACAACAGCUUCACGGGAAAAAUACCUCCCGAAAUCGGAAAUUUGAGCAGAUUGAGAGGUUUAUACCUCUUUGAUAACAUGAUCACAGGCCCGAUUCCAGUGGAAAUCGGGAAGCUAAAGCAGCUGGUCUUUGCAUACUUUAACGACAACCAAAUGUCGGGAAGUAUACCGAGUGAACUAACAAACUGCUCGAGCCUGCAAGAAAUCGAUCUCUCUGGAAAUCGAUUUUCAGGGUUCAUUCCUACGGAUAUCGGGAGGCUCAAGAAUCUUGAAUUAAUUGACCUGAGGCAAAACGAGCUAGAAGGUCCAAUUCCAGCAAGCAUAGGCAAAUGCAGACAGCUUCAAAUGCUGGGUUUAUCCGAUAACAAGCUCUCGGGCUCGAUACCACCCACAAUUGGAUUUCUUUCGAGACUUUCUCUUUUAUCUCUCUACAACAACUCUUUAUCUGGUACAAUCCCAGAAUCUUUCUUCCAUCUCAAAAACCUUAGUAUUGUCAACUUAUCUCUCAACCGUCUUAGAGGAGGCAUUUUACCCUUGACUGGCUCGAAUUCUCUAACCCUUUUAGAUUUAACCAACAAUAGUUUUUCGAACAUCAUCCCGUUUCAACUGGCCUUGUCUCAAAACUUGACACGCAUACGCCUUGCCCAUAAUGCCCUCACGGGAAGCAUCCCACCCGAGUUUGGCAACCUUACGGAGCUUCAGUUUCUUGAUUUGUCAUACAACAGCUUAACAGGCGAGCUGGGAAUCGAGCUUUCGAGCCUGACGAACCUUCGGCACCUCCUGCUCAGCAACAACCGAUUUUAUGGAAAAAUCCCCACGUGGUUAGGGAAAAUACAGCAACUAGGUGAGCUAGACCUUUCAUCGAACAGCUUCAGGGAGGGUAUACCGGAAGAGAUUGGAAACUGUUCGAGCCUGCUCACACUAUCCCUUCACAGCAACAGUUUAUCCGGCCCAAUCCCGCCGGAGAUCGGCAGCCUCAGCCUCCUAAACGUCUUGAACCUUCACAAAAACAACCUAUCAGGCACAAUCCCAAACACAAUCCGCCUCUGCAAAAAGCUAUUCCAGCUCAGCCUCUCGGAGAACAGCCUAACCGGCCCAAUCCCGCCGGAAAUCGGCACGCUGAGCGAGCUACAAGUCACUCUCGACCUGAGCUACAACAAAUUAUCCGGCGAGAUCCCGGCAUCCAUCGGAGACCUCGUGAAGCUCGAGGGACUCAACCUCUCGCACAAUCAACUGAUAGGGGAAAUCCCGGGCUCCUUCCGGAGCCUAUCCAGCCUCCAUAAGAUCGAUCUCUCCGAAAACCGCCUCGACGGACAGAUCCCGCCGGAAUUCUCGAAAUUCGCGGCGAGUGCGUUUCAGGGCAACGGCGAUUUGUGCGGGCCGCCGCUGAUUCAGUGCGGAAAAUCUAGAGAGCACGCGAGAAAAUACCUUCCGAGGUCCGAGGUCGCAGGUAUUGUGGUAGCGAUCGUCUUCACGUCGACUUUGAUCUGCUUGUUCCUGGUGUACCUGAUGCUGAGGAUAUGGUGGAAUUGGAGGAAGGUGGCGGUUUCUUGCUCUGGAAAUGGCGCCGUGAAGAAAAACGGAGAAGAUGAGGAAUGGGUGUAUGGAGAAGGGGUUGUGAAGAGCAGUGGCGAUUACCUGGACUCGUCGGAGCACGACCGGAGUUUUACUUUCAACACGCACCAAAAUACCGGUCGUGAACAGCUCUGA